GAUUUUUAAUUUAUUUUUAAUUUUAUUCCCAUAUUUUUUUUUUUUCUUCUCAUAAGUGUAUUAUAUUAACCACCAAAAGAGGAAACAAAGCAUUAAAGCUUACAACGAUAUGUGCAGAAAGAAAAGUUAGGCCCAACAUAGCCCAUAAGAUUAACAUCUACGGCAUAAAGAUGUUUUGACAUUUGGACUCUAUCCAAUACACGUGUCCACGUGAUAUUACAACUGCAACACAAGAUGAAGAGUCAUCGGAAGUGUACCGACAUCAACCUUCGCCGCCGAUGAACACCGAAUCCGGUGAGGAAUGCAUCGCCGAAACAUCGCACAAUGAAUCCUUGUAACCACCGAAAUAAAACUGAACGGUGCUCCAUUUAAAAGACACAGCAAAAAGGAAUCAUAAUAAGCAUCGGAAUAUUCUUCAAUCUUUCAACCCGAAGACAUAAUCGCUUGAUAGAUUUCUGCAAAUCGAAGUUUCUAAAGACACAAGACAGAAAUUAAUCUUAAGUAACUAGCACCUAAAACUAAUUACCAUCUCAAAUCUGUUGAGAUUUAUUGAAAAACAAAACUAAAAUAUCAAAGCAAUCAGCAUAAAACUGAUUGACUACGAGCAAGGAUACAAGCGGCCAAAACCUCUUAUGAAAGCAGGAUUUGCCGUACGGGAACCGGUCAUCUCCACUAAAAGAGCUAGAAGAUACCGGGCAAAAGCCCAAAUUAUUUGGAACGGCUAUCAUCGGAAAAUUCUUGUAGGUGGAGACAAAAAGCUUUCCCUCUCUGAAGGUUUUGUGAGAGAGAAGAGAGAGAGAAGCUUUAGCUCUUUUUAUUCCCAUAUUUUUUUAAAAAAAUCAUUCAGAUAUUAAUUAUCUAGUUCUGUUCGUUUCCUUCCAAUCCAGUUCAGUUUAGUUUGGUUUAUUCGGUUCUGAGCCGGAGCAACAAAAGGAUCAAUCUUAAAAUCCUCGUUAUGUUAUGACGAUUUUGACGAGGACCAAUAUUGUAACUUUCUAUAGUUUAUUUUAUUAUUCCUCCUUGUAGAAUAGUUUAUUUGCAAAAUAAACCCAUAUUAAUAUCUCUUUCUCUUUUUUUCACCACACUCUCUCUCUCUCUCCGGCUCACACGAGUCGCUAAUCAAAUAAACCUAAACCCUAGAUCGUGAUCGGCAACGGCACCUCCUCGUCGGCGAUAGCUUCUCUUCCACUAAAAGAAAAUCCUCUUCGGUGAGAAUGGCAGAGCAUUUAGCUUCAAUCUUUGGUACUGAAAAGGAUAGAGUGAAUUGUCCGUUUUACUUUAAGAUUGGUGCUUGUCGUCACGGUGACCGGUGCUCACGGCUUCAUAACCGUCCCACCAUCUCGCCGACGCUUCUCCUCUCGAACAUGUACCAGAGACCUGACAUGAUAACUCCAGGUGUGGAUCCUCAGGGACAGCCGUUAGACCCGAGUAAGAUCCAAGACCACUUUGAGGAUUUCUACGAAGAUAUUUUCGAAGAACUCAACAAGUUUGGUGAAGUGGAGAGUCUCAAUGUUUGUGACAAUCUUGCUGAUCAUAUGAUUGGGAAUGUGUAUGUUCUGUUUAAGGAGGAGGAUCACGCAGCUGCUGCGUUGCAGGCUUUGCAGGGGAGAUUUUAUUCCGGUCGUCCUAUCAUUGCUGAUUUCUCUCCUGUGACGGAUUUUAGGGAAGCUACUUGUAGGCAGUAUGAAGAAAACAGCUGUAACCGUGGUGGGUACUGUAAUUUCAUGCAUGUGAAGCAGAUUUCGAGGGAGCUUAGGAGGAAAUUGUUUGGGAGGUAUCGUCGUUCAUACCGUCGGGGAAGCAGAAGUCGAAGCAGGAGUAUAAGCCCUCGACGUAAGAGAGAGCAUUCGCGAGAGCGAGAGAGAGGGGACGUUAGGGACCGUGACCGGCAUGGAAAUGGGAAAAGGAGCAGUGAUAGAUCAGAGAGGCAUGAUCGGGAUGGUGGUGGAAGGAGGAGACAUGGAAGCCCGAAACGGAGCAGAAGCCCACGAAAUGUGAGAGAAGGAAGCGAGGAAAGGAGGGCGAGAAUUGAGCAAUGGAACCGAGAACGUGAUGAGGGAGUUUAAGGGUAUCGUUUGGGCUGAUUACUUCAUAAAAAUCGGUAAAAUCUUGUAAUGGAUAUUCAUUUGGUGUUCUUUUUUUGAACUUGAAAAAUGAGUGGCAUGAACUCCUUAGAUGAUGUAAGGUGUUUACUGUAUUUUGUAGAAUUUUUGUUUAGAAACUAGUUCGUGAGGCAAAUGAUGGGUUCAGUUUUUCUAAGUUAAUGUGGUAAUGAUCCCUUGGUUAUUGUUCUUUAUGAUUGUCCCUUGCAAUGUCUUCUUAUAAGGUUUAAACACUUUGUAUUGUUCGGGGAAAGAGAUAAAUGUUGUACGAUUUUUUUGGGUGGAUUGAAUGAAGAAACCGAACCCAACCCAAAUAUU